AUGGGCGUUUUGGCACCGUUUGUCCUUCUCUUUGGUUGCUUAUCGACAGCCAGAGCCUUGUCUGUGACGUUAGACAUAUCAAACGUGGACAGGACAAAUAUAAACGUGUCCAAAAACGUGGAUUUUAAACUUACAAAGGAAAUUUUUGUACCCGCAAAAGGGAAUUAUGUAGAUUAUAUUAUCGAUGCUACGUCAAGCAUCUGGAGCUCCUCCUCCGGCGAGGUCUGCUCGAUGGCCCUGCUGGCCACCAAGGACGGCUACUCGCCCCUGAUGAGCGUACUCGUCAAGAGCGACAGUUUCAAGGUUAAAUCGUACUACUACAGGAAGUAUGGAGACGUAUGGAGUUCCCUAAACGAGGCGUCCUACCAGGAACAGCUCAAAAACAUGAGCUUUGCAGAAGUCGUACUGGACGUUGCCAACUUGAAUAGAUCGUUUGUAGAUGUAAGGAUGAAUGAAGGGGUGCUAGAUACACUCGAUGUCAACGUUAUGGACGGAUACAAGGCCACCAAAAUCGUUGAAGGCGGUGUUGCGAUCUGGACCAGCAGCUCCGUUACCGAGCGCUGUUCCUCAGUCUUUAUCACUAAGCUCGGACAAAAGUCUGUGUUAGUCUACUUGAUCACCGUUGACUCUGGUCGUAUAACUAACUUGUGCUUUGAGAAGAAUGGUAGUGAGUGGAGCAAGACGAGCAUUUUCAACUAUCACACACGCCUAGAUGCUCUCAAGGAGAAGGCAAAGAGUCUCAAUACCGGCACUUCAAAGAAGGUACAAGCGAAAAAGGCCAUUCCCCUCGAUAUAAGCGGUCAGCUUGACAGAGAAGAGGUUGAUGUUACACAAGUCGUAGAGGGUGGAGUCAAGCACACGAUCUUUACCCCUCAGCCACACCAUGUUUUUAAUGCCAUAUAUGAUGGUACAAGCAUUCUCUGGGUAGCCAAAGACGGGAAUGACUAUUGCGACAAUGUUUGGGCCUACUCCAAGAAUGGCAGUGUCCUCCUGCUUGACGUGGUUGUCACAGUAGACGGUCGUCCCAGGUUCAAGUAUUUCGAAAAGAAACAGGGAACGUGGUACUCAGUUGAUGGAGAUGACUUUGAGGAUGCCCUUUCCAGCUACAAGGAGACGGAUUUUAAGCUCAACAUAAGGGACCUUGACAAGUCUGUUGUGAAUGUAAAGGAAUCCCAGGUUCAGAACUUGGUCAAGUACCUCAUUACACCAAAGAACAAUUACAAUAUAAUGGGUGUUUCCGAUGAUAAAAACGUCCUCUGGGGAACCCUGAAUGAAGAUGGACUGAUCUCUGCCUACCUCUACACUCUGGAUGAAACUCCAAAGUUUCUCGAUAUUUUUACCAGAGAUGGAGGCUUUCACCACGAAUUCUUCAUUAACAGGAAUGACACCUGGAGCGCAGUUAGUGAGACCGAUUUUAAUGCGUACCUUGACUCGAUAAUUGUGCAUGACGUCAAGGUUGACAUUGCAGAGUUGGAUCCAAAGACUGUCGAUGUAAUGAACAUUAAAGUUCAAGGGGUCAAGGGUGUUCAAUGCACGCCAAAGUCCGGAUAUAGACUAACUGAGGUUUGGGAAGGGACCUUGUCCCCAAUCUGGGUUGCCGGGGAGCAUGAGGAAUGUACCGGAAUUUUAUUCUACUACGACAACAAUGGGCAUGUCUUCCUCGCUGAUGUAACUAUAGCUAACCAAUAUGGCCAUGAUUUCAAAUUCUUCCAAAAUACCAAUGGACUAUGGGAGGAAGUCGAUAAGGUCUACUACAAGAACAAGUUUGACAUGUUCAAACUCCUCGAUGUUUCCGUUGAUGUCGGAAACUUUGAUUUGAGUAUCGUAGACAAGGUUGAAGUUACUCCUCAAAAUGAUGUGGAAGACAGAGUGACUCCACCUCUCCGCGUCUUCCAGUAUACUCCAAAGGAAGGUUAUCAAAUUACAGAAGUCUCAGAGUACAAGGAGACCGUUUGGAGUGGCAAUGAGGAUAAGGUCUGCAAGCACAUUACCAUGCAUUACAAGGAAGAAGCUUUGCUUAUGGAACUCUUGGUCUCUGACAGUGUAGGUCAUCACAGCAAAUACUUUGCAACAAAGUUUGGUGAAUGGGCGCCAAUCGAUGAGCUCGAGUAUAAUAGCACAGUUGAGUUUCUAAAAGUCAUUAGUGUCACCAUGGACAUUGCCAACUUUGAUCACAAGGUCUUGGAUGUCUAUGAGGAUAAAGAUGGAAAUGUUUCAUAUCUCGAGAUUUACCCAAAGCCAGGCUACAAGGUCACAUCCAUUGCCAGUGGUAUUAACGCUCUUUGGAAUGGAGUACUUGAUCAGGAAUGCAGAUACGCCACUGUUUACUCUGGUGUCGGUGAUGGCACGGUACUUGUGCAUGCAAUCGUUGCCGACAGGUAUGGGGAGAACAACCUCUUUUUUAAAGAACGUGAUGGUCACUGGGUAGGUCUUACGGAGGAAACAUUCAAGACCAGCUUGGAUGUGCUCAAAGCAACAAGGACCCUUCUCGACAUCCAAUCUCCAGAUGAAGAUUAUGUAAAGGUGACAAAGGAUAGUUUGUUUGGCCAUCUCGUCGUUGAAUAUAGACCAAAGGACGGUUAUGGAUUUGGCAAGGUCGUCGACGGUGCGGAUUCCGUAUGGAGUGAUGAAAAAGAUCUCUGCACCGGUGCUCGUCUAAGUUACAAGGGCGACGAACCGAACCUCGUCCUAAGGGUACAGGGAGCUGAUGCGCUCUCGUUCUUGUUUUUCCAUAAAUCUGGCGAUAAAUGGGUUACAACCAGCGAUGGAGAAUCCCUCGAUAUUCACUCUGGAUUUGAAAAUGAUGAUGAAAAAGAGCCAGUGGAUGAAGAGAUUGUUGUGCACUUUACUCGUAAACCAGAAAACGUGGUGAACGAACAGGAGGAUGUACUCGAUAUUACUGAUGAUGCAGAUAAUGCGGAAUUCCACGGAGAGGUGCUAAAUGUUAGGAGGUACACACCAAACCCUACCCUGAAACGCAUCGUUUACGGUGCUCAAACCAUUUGGGAAUCUGAUGAACACGUGUGUCAGAAUAUUCUCUUGUACUGCAAAAAGGACGGGUCGCACUACCUCCACCUUUACACCAUGCAAGAUAGGCAACUCCAGGCUUCAGAGUACUUUAUGCAUGUGUCUGCGGAAUGGAUGAGCGUUGAGAGGGAAGACUUCUACAGGGCUUUGGAGGCGAAAAUCAUCACCUAUGCCUCGAUUGACGUCUGCAGUUCAUAUCCUCCAGAGGAGAUUGUUGAGACUAUUGAUGCUCACGAGUUUGGCUACCCAAACAUCAUUUACAACUCUCAACCAAACGUCCGCAUUACCUCUGUGUUUUGUGGAUCUAAACCCAUCUGGUCAUCUUUUGGAAAUGACUACUGUGUCUCAGCCUCUGUCGUUGAUAAAGACGGUGAAAGUAACCUUGUAGAAAUGUUCAUCAAGGACAGGAAGAACACGGUUCGUCGUAACUAUAGCCUCGUAGACGGCGAGUGGGUCUACCUCUCAGAGGACAAGUUUGGCAUCAAGGUGAUUGUUGCCACAGACGCAUUCUACGUGCCUUCUGCACUUGCGCUUGCAGUGGCCAUCCUAAUGGUAGCUUUCUAA